ACUAACAGUUUUCUCUGACUUUAUUUUAAUUACUCAAAAAUGCCUUCUAUUGAUGUUUCAUAUAUUACUAAUUUUGUAGUAAAUGAAGGGCAUGGAGUAAAGGGUCUUUCAGAAAUUGGCCUUCAAAAAUUACCUAAACAAUAUAUUCAGCCAAUUGAAGAGAGAAUUACAAGUACCACUAUAACUCUUGAUGAUCAAAUUCCAGUAAUUGACAUGUCCAAUUGGGACAUUCACAACAAAUUAAUUUCUGAAAAUAUAUGUAACGCUGCUGAGAAAUGGGGCUUCUUUCAGAUUAUAAAUCACGAUAUUUCUCUUGAAGUUCUUGAAUCUAUUAAAGAGGCAACUUAUAGAUUUUUUAAACAACCCGCGGAGGAGAAGAAUAAGCAUUCCAAGGAAAAUUCAUCGACUAAUAACGUAAGAUAUGGAACAAGUUUUACUCCUAAAGCUGAAAAGGCUUUGGAGUGGAAAGAUUAUUUGAGCCUUUUUUAUGUUUCUGAUGAAGAAGCUGCUGCUCUUUGGCCUUCUACUCUCAGGAAUGAAGCGUUGGAGUUCUUAAGAAAUUCAGAAAUUGUUAUCAAGAAGUUAUUAGAGGCACUUAUGAAAGGACUAAACGUAAAAGAAAUAGACCAAAGUAAAGAAUCACUUCUAAUGGGAUCAAAAAGGAUUAACGUUAAUUACUAUCCAAAAUGUCCUAAUCCCGAAUUAACUGUGGGGGUAGGGCGUCACUCUGACGUCUCAACACUAACGAUUCUUCUUCAAGAUAAUAUCGGAGGACUCUAUGUGAAAAAACUCGAUAAUGACACGUGGAUCCAUGUCCCGCCGAUCCAUGGGGCUUUAGUGAUUAAUAUUGGCGAUGCACUUCAAAUAAUGAGCAAUGGACGAUACAAGAGCAUUGAGCAUCGUGUUAUGGCAAAUGGUAAUAAUAACAGGAUUUCUGUGCCUAUUUUUGUGAACCCCAAGCCUAGUGACGUAAUCGGACCUUUGGCGGAAGUGUUGAAGAGUGGGGAGGAUCCAAUUUACAAAAAAGUCCUUUACUCGGAUUAUGUGAAGCAUUUCUUUAGAAAAGCUCACGAUGGGAAAGACACUAUCGAUUUUGCUAAAAUCAAUUAGAAACUAAUUAAUUGGGUUUGCUGGAAGAAUAAUAAGUGCUUAUAUUAAGCAAAAAAUAAUAAUGUGUGUUUCAUUUUCAUGUAUCUUUCUCAUGACAACUAUAAGUUGUGUAUGGGGUUUUUCAUUUGAGCAUUUUCUAUUCCAGUUUUCUUUAUUUUGUGUUCAAAUAUUUCAGAAGUCAUUAGUUUCGUAAAUUGCACUGAAUUUAGUAUUGUUGUAUGACAUGUCUAUAUAGGCCACCUUUUAUUUUCUUUUUUUGUUGUUGGUAAUACUAGACUUAGUUGCACCAUAAU